AUGGGCGUAUGCCAAAAAUGCUCAGACAGAGAAAGUCCAUCGGUGUUCUUUCACAAUAGUUUUUUGGGAAUCCCUUGAAUAUACCACUAAUAUAUUUGUUUCUGAAAAUGACGAACUUGAGUUUAUUCUGACAACCACAAUAACAUUUUGGGAAUGUUUCAUUUGAAGGUAGGAAUGAUCUGACGGCUCUCCUGCACACCCAGCCAACCACCGUUUUCAAGAUUCACUCUUGGAGCCCGCUACACUUGGUUAGCAAGCCAUCGGCAAGCUGAUGGUUAACGUUAGCAGAUUAUUUCGCUAGCUAGCUUGCUAGGUGGUCGAUAGGUAACCUGGCAGACUGUUAACCUAGCUAUGGGAAUUGUGUAUUGUACCGAUGUAUUCGCUAUUAUCAAUAGCUGUUAUUUAUUAAGGUAGCUCUUUAAAAGUAGUGGGCAUUUUUUUCAAGACCAGUCGAGUUAGCCCGCUAGCCCGCUACAAAGAGCUCAGUGGAUAUUAAAGCCAAUAACGUUAUUUGUGUCCUUUGUUUUGAAAGGACUUUUGUGAUAGCCAGCUACGUGUUGUAAGUUGUUUUAUAUAGUCGGAUGGCUCCUCAAAAGUAUUCGGGUCAAGUUAUGAGCAACUCUGGAAACUGUAAAACAAACGGCGUUAUGUACCCGACCUCUGCGGCCGUGAUGAACGCAGCGAAGAAGCCCAAGAUGGAACAAAUUCAAGCCGACCAUGAGUUGUUCUUGCAGGCCUUUGAGAAGCCAACUCAAAUAUACAGAUUCCUUCGGACAAGAAAUCUUAUCGCCCCUAUACUUCUGCAUAGGACACUCACCUUCAUGACUCACAGAAACUCCAGAACAAAUGCAAGGCGAAAGUCCUUCAAAGUGGAUGACAUGCUACCCAGAGUGCAAGCCAUGAAAGGAGAGCAGGACUCACACAACUUGGCAUCACACCUACAGCUCACAUUUACUGGAUUCUUUCAUAAGAACGACAAGCCAUGCCAAAACUCAGAAAACGAGCAAAACUCAGUGUCUCUGGAGGUGCUACUCGUCAAAGUCUGCCAUAAGAAACGAAAGGAUGUCAGCUGCCCAGUGAAGCAAGUGCCUACGGGUAAAAAGCAGGUGCCUUUGAACCCUGAUCUCAGCCAAACCAAGCCGGGUGCCUUCCCCUCCCUACUGGUCUCCAGCAACGAGUUUGAGCCCAGCAACAGCCACAUGGUCAAGUCCUACUCCCUCCUGUUUAGGGUGUCGAGAGCCGGCAAGAGGGACUCCAACAGCCUUGUCAACGGAGAGACCGACGAGAACAUGGAUGUGAAGGAGGAGGUUCCAGGCAGAAAAAAGAGGAACUCUUCCCACAGAGAUGAAGGCGAGGCCACCGAGACGUUUGUUGCACAGAUGACUGUUUUUGACAAGAACAGACGGCUGCAGCUGCUGGAUGGGGAGUACGAGGUGUCCAUGCAGCAGGUGGAGGACUGUCCUGUGAGCAAGAAGAGAGCCACAUGGGAGACCAUCCUAGAUGGGAAGAGGUUGCCCCCGUUUGAGACGUUCUCUCAGGGCCCCACACUGCAGUUCACCCUCCGCUGGACAGGCGACCCCAACGACCCGUCCACUGCGCCCGUGGCCAAGCCGCUGUCCACGCGCAACUCGGACACCAGCGCUGCCGAGAGCAGGCCCAGCACGCUCCGAUCCGCACCCCUGGCCGUUAAGGACUCGGUCAGCACCAGCAUCCAGACGAGGCGAGAGCAGUCUGUGUGUGAGCCGCGACAGAAACUGCGCAUAUUUUAUCAGUUCCUGUACAACAACAACACGCGGCAGCAGACGGAGGCGCGGGACGACCUGCACUGCCCCUGGUGCACCCUCAACUGCCGCAAGCUCUACAGCCUGCUCAAGCACCUCAAGCUCUCCCACAGCCGCUUCAUCUUCAACUACGUGCCUCACCCAAAGGGAGCCCGGAUAGACGUGUCGAUAAACGAGUGCUAUGACGGCUCAUACGUGGGCAACCCCCAGGACAUCCACAGUCAGCCAGGCUUCGCCUUUAGCCGCAACGGCCCGGUCAAGAGAACAGCGGUUACACACAUCUUGGUAUGCAGACCCAAGCGCACCAAACCCAGCCUGUCAGAGUUCCUGGAGUCGGAGGAGGGCGAGCCGGAACAGCAGCGCACCUACGUGAGCGGCCACAACCGCCUCUACUUCCACAGCGACAGCUGCAUGCCGCUGCGGCCUCAGGAGAUGGACGUGGACAGCGAGGACGAGCGUGACCCCGAGUGGCUCCGAGAGAAGACCAUCACGCAAAUUGAGGAGUUCACGGACGUGAACGAGGGGGAGAAGGAGGUGAUGAAGCUGUGGAAUCUCCACGUCAUGAAAAAUGGCUUCAUAGCGGACAACCAGAUGCCCCAGGCCAUCAUGCUGUUUGUGGACACCUGCGGCCCACACAUCAUUCGCCGCAACCUGUGCCGCAACUUCCUGCUGCACCUGGUCAGCAUGCACGACUUCAACCUGGUCACCAUCGCCACCAUCGACCGCACCAUGACGCGCCUGCACGAGAUCAAGGAGGAGCUGCCCGAGGCUGACGACGGGCUGGCCGACACCCACGGCAUGUGCAACGGCCACACGCUCGGCUCCGGGGUGUCGCUACACGGCAAGCGCACCAAGAGCGCCAUGUGUGACUGACGAGCCCGCUCGUCCUCAGUCUCCGCCUCGCGCCAGAGGAGACCGGAUUCCCAUUACGUUCCUUUUCUUUGUUGGUUUCUGAGCACUUGUGAGUGUGUCGACUUGUUAAGACUGGUUAUUAUGAGCCAUUAUAGUGAAAUCCUAAAUGGACUACGAGGCUGGGGGAAGGACGCAUCCAUUUUAGCAUUGGAUAGCUCACUCUUUCCUCACCAUCAUGGCUAGAGUAUGUCGUUUCUCACCUAGUAAUCGGAAAGCACUUGUCGAGAAGACAUGAGUUGCCGUAGGAUGGGAAUACUAUUAGUCUUGAUCAUUUGUGUUCAUUAACUGAUGCCGGAUCAGUGGUCUAUUUUAGCACGUUAGCACUUGUCUUGCUACCCACUCCAGUGGAUGGUCACAGAACGUCUGAAAAACCUUUCCCCUCUGAUUGUCAUGCAUUGGAAAUAGGUAGGCAUAAAGCUAAUUUUAAUGUCUUGUUUUAUUGUCCUCUGUUGGUGGUGUAAUUAGCCAGGUUAUUUUGGUAGCAGAUUUCUACCUGUACCAGGUAAUCAUACCUGGAGAUAAUUGGUGAAAUUCACUCUCCGCGGAGCAUUGUUUUAAAGAUGCUACAGAAUUGUAAGAUUUGUAUCCCUGAAAUUACAUGGUAUGUUUUGUUUUUUUUAUACUGGAUCACUUCCAGGAUUAACUGACACCCAUAAGCAUUACUUCCAACAAUUUAUUGUUGGUUAUCCAUUUUUCAGAAACUGACAGUACUACAGAUAUGUACAGUAUAUUCCGUUAAACAAAACAAAAAAAAAAACUUGUUCAGGACACUUUUUAUUUUGUUUAUAUUUGAAGCCGUUGUUCAUUUGGAUGUGUUUACUAGUGUAACCACAGCAGUUUUCACCAUUAUCACUCAGAAAAAGAAACAGAAUUGCUUUUUUGUAGGAGCAGAAUGUGGAACAACAAAUGGUUACUUAUGGGUUUUCAACACAAGCCAAAGUGCAACAUUUGCAGCAACCUUCUUUUCCUCUUUUUGAAUCGUAUACCUGUAGUAUAAUAGGCAAAAAGUAUCAUCAGACAAAAUACUUUCAUGCAACUUUUGUCUUGAAAUAAAAACAAUAAAUUAUCAUUUCA